CAUUGCGAUGGGGUUAGCAAAGUAACAUUUCACUCGCGCGAGACUUCCUUGGCUGGUUCCAUGUUGCAGAAUAGAUUUAAGUUUUCUAACUUCAUCGGCUAAUACAAGGUUUUAAAAUAUCAUCAGCGAACAAAUUACCGUCCUGGAAGUUUGCGGAAGUAUUUUUUGUUGAGAGAUUUAAACGGUUUGAGUGUAAAAUAGUGUUAGGAAUUUGUGUCAAAUAUUGAAGCGUUCUCCGACGCCGUCGUGUUCGUGUUUUUCUUGAAACUAAAAAUUGCAUGGAAAAGUGUUCACUGUAACCGAGACAUCUGCCUGUUGUUUUAUUUUUAAUUUUUAAUAGGCAGUUUAGUUCUUUUCGCAUAAAAUGUCUCUUCGUCAGUACCGAAAACCGACACACAGCGGAUUAAACGGAACUGCAGCCGAAGGUUCUGUGAAACUGGAGCUAGUACCAGGUAAACUCCGUAUUCAAACUAUAGCAGACAGUGAAAGCGAAGGUGAAAGUACAUCUACGAAGUCUCCAACGGGUUCAUUAUUGGUGUCCCCAGUUCCUAUUCCUAAAGUUGGAAUCGUAUCUGUUUCGACUACCAGUAGCGAGGCAACCUCUUUGCCUCAGAAUAGCGUUGCACCACCUUCAACAUUAAGUACGAAUUCCGCGCCUAUUCUUACAAUAAGAGAUAAAGAACUUUGCCUUCAAAAAGUACGGGGUGAGCGGCCAGACGUUGACACGAUGGUGGUUCAGGAUACUCUUGUGCGAAACAAAUGGAACGUUGAACAAACUUUAGAGGAACUGAAGAAUUACACUUCUACAAAAAGACGCAUCCCUGAUACUUCUCCCGCUGCGAUGGUUCAUCGGGCUGUUAUGUUGAAUACCAACAAACCGAGUACUCAACCUGCCAAAAAACGUCGCGUCAAUCCGGUAAAUAAUGGCAGUGACAGUGAUGAUAAUUCAGAUCGACCUCAAGAGCGUGUGUUCGACAGUGAUGAUGAAAGCGACGCAGACAACUAUACGAUGUCUCGGGACCGAAAAGGUGUUUUUGAAUUUCUCAAUAAAGCGACAGUAACUGAACUCUCGUUUGUGAAAACAUUGUCCACGAAGAAAGUCGAUUUGCUUACUGAAAUGCGACCAUUCAAUACUUGGGACGAAUUGGUUAACGCUCUAAAAUCGCACAAAUCGUUGAAAACUGAUAUUCUCAAUCACACGCAAGAAUAUCUCACGCGUAGGAAUAAUCUUGUAACGAUUCUGAACAAAUGUCGUAAAAUGGUCCAAAAGUUGGAGGCGGCGAUAACAGUUGGCGGUGGCCUAACAGAACAACCAUCGAACAUUCCAGAAGGGUUUAAGCUAGCUGAAUACCAGAUGGUUGGUCUAAACUGGUUAACAAUGAUGCAUCGAAGCAAUAUGAACGGAAUUUUAGCCGAUGAAAUGGGUUUAGGAAAAACCAUUCAGGUGAUAGCGUUUUUAGCCUAUCUUAAAGAAAACGAUCUCAAUGAUCAACCACAGUUGAUCGUUGUUCCUUCCUCAACCUUGGACAAUUGGGAUAACGAGUUACGCAAAUGGUGCCCGGAGCUUAUCGUCAUGAAAUACUAUGGUAGUCAAGAGGAGAGACGCUGCAUACGAAUCGAUUGGGCCAAGAACGGAAUAUCCGAUGUGGAUGUAGUGUUAACCACGUACCACAUGAUGGGUGCUUCCGGUGAAGAGAAGAAAAUGUGGCGUGUAACUCCUUUUCAGUAUGUGAUAUUUGACGAAGCGCAUAUGCUGAAGAAUAUGACUACUCAGCGCUACGAAAAUCUGUUACGUAUUCGAGCCGAACGCCGUAUUUUGCUUACUGGAACGCCAUUGCAAAAUAAUUUGUUGGAAUUGAUGUCUUUGUUGUGCUUUGUUAUGCCGAAACUUUUCGGUGGAAAAGUAGAAGAUAUAAAAGCAUUGUUUCAGGGUAAAAUUAAAAGUGGCGAAGAUAAAACUACGUUUGAAAAAAAUCAAAUCGAACGCGCAAAACAAAUUAUGAAACCGUUCAUUCUGCGACGGUUAAAAAAAGAUGUGUUGAGUUUUUUGCCUGCCAAAACGGAGAAAAUUAUAAAGGCAACUAUGUUGGAUUCACAGAGGGAAAAGUAUAAUACGCUUGUCAGUGAAUACCAGGAAGCCACCGGCUUGUACAAGGCAUAUUCCGAAAUAAGUGGUAUGUCUAUUAUGAUGGACAUGCGAAAGCUGGCCAAUCAUCCUCUACUGUUAAGGUAUUAUUUUUCUGAUGCCGAUGUGCGAAAAAUAGCCCGCAAGCUUGCAGGCGAUUCCGACUGGAAGGGAAAUAAUAUCGACGAAACGUUCCAAGACAUAGCGUACCUUUCCGAUUUUAAACUAUACCAGCUGAAACAAAAAUAUACUAGUUUGUAUGAUUUGCAAAUACCCGACAAGCUUAUUUUGGCUUCGGGCAAAUUUAAUCAAUUGGACGAAUUGCUACCGAAACUGAAGAGCGACGGCCAUCGAGUGCUGAUUUUCAGCCAAUUUGUUAUGAUGCUGGACAUCAUAGAGAAGUACCUGGACAUCCGCAAACAUGGAUAUUUGAGGCUGGAUGGGCAAACGGCUGUCACGGAACGACAGGAACUGAUCGAUCAGUACACGCAGGACCCGAACAUCUUCGUGUUUCUUCUGUCCACUAGAGCCGGUGGUCUUGGUAUUAAUCUAACUGCCGCUGAUACUGUAAUUAUCCAUGACAUUGACUUCAAUCCAUAUAACGAUAAGCAAGCAGAAGACCGAAGCCACCGAAUGGGUCAAUCGAAGCCAGUAACGAUUUAUAAAUUGAUCUCGGAAGGUACGAUAGAAGAAGGUAUGCUGAUGAUUGCUCAGGAGAAACUGCAACUUGAAAAGGAUGUGACAGAAGAAGAAGGAGCUGACAAGAAAGAAGAACAUAAAUGCAUGGUUCGGCUAUUGACUAUGGCACUUGGUAUGGACGAGAAUAAAGCAGAGACUAUUCUAAUGAAUAAGUCCCCCAAAAAGAAACACGAGGAAGAGGAAUUUUAAGUGCUGUUUAUAUGCGGUCCCAUAGCCAUCAGUUAUAAAGUGAUGUAAUUUACUUAAGUAUUCUCAAUCAUGUUUAUUUUUAAUUGUAUUUCUAUCAAACAACAACAAUUGUAUCAAAGUUACAGCGAAAUGAACUGUCACUGUCAGCAAUGAUAAACAUGGCAAUAAUACCAAUGUUCUCUCAGUUUAUCCGAUGAAGGUUUCAACCAGGCAUUCAGAUAAGCUUAUUUUAGUUUUUUCCCUUAAUUAUGUAUACAGUUUCCAUGAGGCACAUUCUCGUUAGAUUUAUGAAUGAAAUAUUUAAUUGCAUUAUAAGAUAUGGAUACGUUACGACGAAUUAAGUGAUAAAUAGCUAUAUAAUUUUAAAUCACCUCUUUUCCUUUUUGAUGAUGAAACAUAAAACACACACGUGAAUAAACAACAGAAACAAGAAUAUGGAGUGGAAGUGGCCAAAAGGGUGCAACGUCUACUGACAACUGAAGUUUUGUUAAACAAAUUUUGUUUUUGCUAACUA